CCGAAUUUCGGGCGCAGUUAUUCAUCUUCUUCCACUUCUUCACCCGCCAAUUUCUACACCCCUUUCUUCUUCUUCUUCUUCUUCACUAAACUGACACGCACUAAUAGCUCUCUCUGUAUAGCGAUGUGUGGAAUCCUAGCCGUUUUGGGUUGCUCCGAUGACUCCCAGCGCAAGCGGGUUCGGGUUCUCGAGCUCUCCCGCAGGUUGAAGCACCGCGGACCUGACUGGAGUGGGCUGUUUCAGCACGGGGAUUGUUACCUGGCCCACCAACGCCUGGCCGUCAUCGAUCCCGCCUCCGGCGACCAGCCUCUCUACAAUGAGGACAAGAAGAUUAUUGUGACGGUAAAUGGAGAGAUCUAUAACCAUGAGACACUGAGGAAGAGUUUGCCAAACCACAAGUUCUUCACGGGUAGUGACUGCGAUGUUAUUGCACAUCUCUAUGAAGAACAUGGAGAGGAAUUUGUGGAGAUGCUGGAUGGGAUGUUUUCUUUUGUAUUACUGGACACCCGCGACAAUAGUUUUAUAGUCGCUCGCGAUGCUAUUGGGAUCACCUCCCUCUAUAUUGGCUGGGGACUUGAUGGAUCUGUUUGGGUUUCAUCUGAACUGAAGGGCUUAAAUGAUGAUUGUGAGCACUUUGAGGUGUUUCCACCGGGACACCUAUACUCGAGCAAGUCGGGUGGCUUCAGAAGGUGGUACAAUCCUCCAUGGUUCUCUGAGGCUAUUCCAUCAACUCCUUAUGAACCCUUGGUUCUUCGGCACGCCCUUGAAAAUGCUGUGAUAAAGAGGUUGAUGACUGAUGUUCCAUUUGGAGUUCUUCUUUCGGGAGGUCUUGAUUCAUCACUAGUUGCAUCAAUCACGGCUCGCCACUUGGCUGGCACGAAAGCAGCUAAGCAAUGGGGAGCUCAGCUGCAUUCAUUCUGUGUUGGUUUGGAGGGCUCCCCAGAUCUGAAAGCUGGGAGAGAAGUUGCAGAUUAUCUGGGAACCGUUCAUCACGAGUUCCACUUCACAGUACAGGACGGUAUUGAUGCAAUUGAGGAUGUUAUUUAUCACGUGGAGACUUAUGAUGUGACGACAAUAAGGGCAAGCACCCCAAUGUUCCUAAUGUCGCGCAAGAUUAAGUCUCUUGGGGUGAAGAUGGUUAUAUCUGGGGAAGGAUCAGAUGAAGUUUUUGGUGGCUACUUGUAUUUCCACAAGGCACCCAACAAGGUGGAAUUCCAUAGGGAGACAUGUCGCAAGUUAAAGGCACUUCACCAGUAUGAUUGCCUUAGAGCAAACAAGGCAACAUCUGCAUGGGGUUUAGAAGCUCGAGUUCCUUUUUUGGACAAGGAUUUCAUCAAUGUUGCCAUGAACAUUGAUCCUGAAUGGAAGAUGAUAAAACCAGAAGAGGGACGCAUCGAGAAGUGGAUUCUCAGAAGGGCUUUUGAUGAUGAAAAGCACCCCUACCUCCCAAAGCAUAUCUUGUACAGGCAGAAGGAACAAUUCAGUGAUGGUGUGGGAUAUAGUUGGAUUGAUGGGCUCAAAGCUCAUGCUGAAGAGCAUGUGACAGAAAAAAUGAUGCUGAACGCCGAACAUAUCUUCACACAUAACCCCCCAACUUCCAAAGAAGGUUACUACUACAGAAUGAUCUUCGAGAGGUUCUUCCCACAGAACGCGGCAAGGCUGACAGUUCCAGGAGGAGCCAGUGUGGCAUGCAGCACGGCUAAGGCAGUGGAAUGGGACGCUUCGUGGUCACAGAAUCUUGACCCUUCUGGGAGGGCAGCCAUAGGUGUACACAACUCGGCAUACCCGGGCAGCCCAAGGGGAGUGAACGGUGGGAACUUGGGGUCUGACAAGAACAUCCUCGGAGGUGUGCCGAAGAGGAUGCUGGGAGUCUCAGCAGCAGCCCCAGAGCUCGCGAUACGGAGCUAACAUGUGAGAGAGGCUGGGGAGCCGGCAGCAAAUACUAGCAGCAUGUCUUUUAGAUGCAGUGCUGCAUUCUGUGUUGUUAGGGUGUGUACAUAUUUGUGUCAAACUCAAAAAAUAAAACAGAUAGCCCAAGCCUUAUCAUGGGGGCCAUGGUUUAAAAUACAUGUCCUGUUUUUCUUGAAUAAGGAACUGUGGGGAUGCCAAAAACCCUUCCUGCUGCUGUGCACUAAACUACUAAUAAUGUUUAUUAUUUGUGUGUAAGUGUUUAUGAUUUAUCUUUAGUGUCAAAAGUAGGGUCACAAAUAGAAUUCUCUGUUAUUGCCCUUUACACUAUAUACAGUACAUUGUAUCAAGUUAUGUUAUUUCUUUUCUAUAUUACGGAACAAUAAAUAAUUUUCCUCCUC